UUCACCAUAUAGGGAAUAGGGCACCAUUUGGGACGCAACCUCUGUCUGAUUUACUACCACAGUGGUUCACAGAUAUUUUGUUCAAUGGUUAAUUGGUAGUAGUGUUCUGUCUGGCCUGUUGACUUCAAAAGCACAGCUCUACUUACUGAAUGUGUAUAUGUGUGUGUGUGUGUGUGGGUGGGUGCGUGUGUGCGUGUGUGUGUCUGUGCCACAUAUUUGUGUGUGCUGAUGUGGUUGUGUGUGAUGCUAUGUUUUCUAAAGUGGUUGCUUUAAAAGCUGACCGCAUGGCUUCGUUUUGGAAAACCAUUUCAACCACAUCGCAUCACAGGAAACAAAAUCAAACCCUGAAACAGUGACCCCCAGGUUAAAAGCGGCUGUGAUGCUAGCAAUUACCUUGUUACGGAGAGAGGAGAGUGUGUUUGUGUGUGCGUGCAUGCAUAUGUGUGUGUGUGUGUUGUAAUUCCAGACUUUAGAGGGAUACGAUCUCCUAAUUGGAUAAGAAAAACAAUCAAGCCCUACCAUUACACUGAAAGUCCUGAUCCAAAGAGUAACAUCACAUUCCUAUCAAGGAUAAGAGAGCAGUGACCCUUAACUUGACCUUUGGAUUCAGAUGACAGUGUGGGGUGGGCAUACGCCCUCUGCCCUGUGUGCGUGGGUGGUACUGCUCCUGUUGGUGGUCUCAGGUGAACCCUACCGGACCCCCUACGACCAGGAACAAGACCAGAACAGAGACAGGGACAGUGAGACAACAGACCUCAGGACAGACCCUAGGACAGACCCCAGGACAAACACCAGGGUCUACCACAGAGAUGUCAGUGAAGUGAGGGGUAAAGACUGUCGGCGGUGUUGUGACCCUGGAGAGCAGCCCCCUCCUCAUUAUUCCAACCCCCACUACCCACAACAGUACCCACAGUACCAAGCGGUGCCACAGAUCAACAUCACCAUCCUCAAAGGUGAGAAGGGGGACAGCGGCCAGCGAGGACCGUACGGUAAAUCCGGUAAGUCUGGCCAGUCCGGUCCCCGAGGGCCCAAUGGCAUCAGGGGCACCAAAGGGAGCAUAGGGACCCCGGGUGAACCCUGCAAGGCCCAGUACGCUGCUUUCUCCGUGGGCCGCAAGAAGGCCAUCCACUCCAACGACUACUACCAGACCUUAGUGUUCGACACUGAGCUCGUCAACCUCUACGGCCACUUCAACAUGUUCACCGGCAAGUUCUACUGCUACGUGCCAGGGAUCUACUACUUCAGCCUGAACGUGCACACGUGGAACCAGAAGGAGACGUAUGUGCACGUGAUGCAUAACGAGAGGGAGGUGGUGAUCCUGUACGCUCAGCCCAGUGACCGGAGUAUCAUGCAGAGCCAGAGCCUGAUGCUAGAGCUGGAGAGAGAGGACCAGGUGUGGGUCAGGCUGUUCAAAGGGGAGAGAGAGAACGCCAUCUUCAGCGAUGACUUUGAUACCUACGUCACUUUCAACGGACACCUCAUCAAGCCAAAGAGCGAGGGGUAGGAGGAGAGGGAUGGUUGCGUCUAUGUCCCAGGUGGCAUCCUUUUCCCCAUAUAGUGCACUACUUUUGAGCAGAGCCAUAUGGGCCCUGGUCAAAAGUAGUGUACUAUAUAGGGGAGAAUAGGGUGCAAUUUGAGAUGCAGACAGGGUUGUGGGCUUGUGCGAUAUUAUGGACAUGUGUGAAACGAGAUGGAGACACAAUCAGAAGAGUGAUUGGUUCACAGUUCAUAGUAGAAUAUCUCUUUAAUUUUCUUAUUGUGUCUUUUAAUAAAUGUAUUUUAUAUAACAUAAUCCAAAUAGCAAAAUAUAUAUUUUGAGAAGUAAACCAAACCAAGUCUUAAUCUAGCAAAAACAUGUUGCACACACAGUCCAAUAAAGAUUGAGGAUCUUUUGGAUGUUUUGUCAGGAACCAAACAAAAAGAAUUCAAGAUUGUCACUGUUGUGUUGUUGAGUUUAAAGUGCCUUGAGGGUGUGAAGAAGUGUCCUACAUCUGCAGCCAUCACAUAGCUGUACUGAUGUCCCUUUGGCCAGUAAACCUUAAAAAGUACUCCAUGUCCCCUGGCAGCACUAAGUGUACAUCCCAAAUGGCACCCUAUUCCCUAUAUUUUGCACUACUUUUGACCAGAACCCUAUGGAGCCUGAUGAAAAUUAGUGCACUAAAUAGGGAAUAGGGUGCCAUUUGGGAUGAAGACCAUUUUAUGAAUUAUGUAUUUUGUGUGAUGGAAAGUAUUAUAAUUCUUACCAAGUUUGCACUCAGAUAAACCAUAUGUUAGGUCAUAGCUUUCAAAUGCAGAUGUAGCGAUAAAUCAUAUUUUUGAGUUACACCAAGAUUGCUAUUAAAUUACACUGUAAACAUAUCCUAAAACAAGUAUUGAUAGGCCUUACCCAGGAAAAACUUCCAUAAAGGACCAAUUCACAGUGAACAGGAGAUGGAGCACUUUAUAUCUUGUUAUUCAGGCUUUAUUCCCUGACUGGAUGAACUACACAGGUAUACUUCAUAUAUCAUAAAACAUUUCAUACAACCUGGACUAGAUAAAGCAACAGGUGCUAGAAGUGAAUGAGACAAAGCAUGGCAUAGCUGUACAUUCAUUCACAUAGCUGCAUUCUGGUUGUUCAGUGACUGUGGACAUUCAAAACCUGGAAGCAAACCUCUUUCCAUUCAGAUAGAAAAGGUCACUCCAUUUCUGCAGUGUUGUCUGUCUGACAUUUGUAGACUGUAGUCAGCCCUGUCUGUGGAGUUAUUGUACUAGGGUGGGGUUGCCCUUUGAUUAUUUGAAUAAAAAACCCAGCGCCAAUAUUGACAACAUUGGUCCAGUGUGGAUGUAACCCAGUCUCCAUAAUACAACAAUAGACUCAGAUUUACUGAAGAUACAAUAUCGGUUUAGCAAAAAUGGAAAUGAUAAUCGCAUAGGGCAAAAUCAGUUACAUAUUCAAUAAUAAUACUACAUGGUGCUUUAACUGUUCAAUGGUGCUGUUUAGAUUUGAGCAACAAUCAAUAUGUAUAUUAUUGAGUUGUGCAAAGUAUUUGAUACAGUAUAUACUAUGUUUUUAUGUUAGACCUCAGUGGUGUAGAAAAUAUCUACCAAAAUAUGAAUAUCUUAAACAAAAUAUUUUUCCACAAGCCAGUAUUCACUUUCCAUGAAACCUUGAGUCAUUGAAAAUGUCCAGGGUGAUUUCAGAAAUAUUAUAUUUUUAUAUACGAGUUGACGUCCCUAGAGCUCACUGUUAACUGCCAAGGCCCUGUUCAAAACCAAACCCCCACACCCUAUCCCUGUGUCCUAGAUGGUCCUUGUUCCAAACCAAAACAAACCCUCACAACCUAUGUCCUAGUUGGGCCCCGUUCCAAACCAAACCCUUAUACCCAAUCAAUGGGUCCUAGUUCGGUCCUUGUGCAAACCAAACCCUCACACAUUUUUAACAUUUAUAUUUUAGUAGACGAUCUUAUCCAGAGCUACUUAAUGAGUGCAUGCAUUUUCAUACUGGUCCACCGUGGGAGUCAAACCCACAACGCUUUCAUGCUCUACCAACGAUCCAUGGGUCUUAGUUGACUGUCCCUCAUGGUUCUGAAGGGCCUCUUUUCAAACCAAACCAUCACAUGAAAAGAUGAUCUAGGGAGAAAGGCCAGAUAUUGAAUUUGGUCUGGAAUUAGAUCCCAGGAAAUACUUAGCCGAGACCAGAAUUGCCAGAAAAUGUUUUAGUGCCUGCAGACAUACAUGUUUUCUAUAGUAGACUGUUUGACUAAGGCUGUUCAGCCACUAUGCAUUGUUUUAAAGUAGUUUUGAUACAAUCAAGUUGAAUAUGUAUAUGGAUCAUAUUCAUUAAAAAUAAAAAUAAAUAAU